AUGUCAGACAUUGAUAAUAGGUCCGACACUACGGACGACGAUCUCUCUCCGUCUCUGGCCACUACGCAGUCAUACGCUUCCGUACCAUCCUUGCGACCUACUAUGGAUAAGCCUACAAUCAAUCCCUCCUCGACGCACCUGGGUCAGAUCAAUGCAGCUCGACGAGGAGUCGGCACCGUCCCUCGUCCCCAAGCUUCGAUGAGUGGCGCACAGCCGGGAGGAUUGAAUCAGGACAUUCUGGCCAAAAUGAAGGCAUUCUCCUUAUCUCGACAAGGAGCGCCGCCGAGUCUGACACAUGCUAAUACAACUAACUUCGUGCCUAAAGUCUCUUCACCACCCACCUCUAGCGCUAGCCCCGUUUCAUCUCCGCCUUCCGCCGCGAACGGAUCCCUUGGUGGUGCUUUCGCGGGCCGCUUGCCUCCUGGGGCGGUCCGGCCGGCCACCAAGAAUUGGGUUUCAUCUCCCUCUGUCCCUCAUGGUUCGCCUACAAACUCGCCGAAACCCGGUGGCCUGGCAGCAAAACGAAUGAAGCCCGGCCUCAAGCUCUCUGAUGCAACUGGCUCGAAGAGCCCUGCCCCAGACGGACAGUCCAACGGUGAAUCUGGAAAGCAGGAGACAGCGUUCAGCAGGUACUCUGAGUUCAUCGACACGAAAGCGGGAACGCUCAAUUUCAAGAACAAAGCAAUCCUUCACGGCGGUGGAAUCGAAUUUUCCUCGGGCCAAAGUUUCAGCAUAUCAUUAGACGAGGUCGACCGCUUGGAUGAACUGGGCAAGGGUAACUAUGGUACUGUUUAUAAGGUUCGACAUAGUCGGCCGCACAUGCGCAAGCCCGGCAUGGGGUUGCGAGGAAUUGUCAGUCGCCCAACGGAGCAAAACGGGGCAGCGAAUUCGCAGGAUUCGCUCUCUGGGGUUGUCAUGGCGAUGAAAGAAAUCCGUCUAGAGCUAGACGAAAGCAAAUUCGCGCAAAUCAUUAUGGAGUUGGACAUUCUGCAUCGGUGUGUCUCGCCGUUCAUCAUUGACUUCUACGGCGCCUUUUUCCAGGAAGGAGCAGUAUAUAUCUGCGUUGAGUACAUGGAUGGUGGCUCAAUCGACAAGAUCUAUAAGGAGGGUAUCCCGGAGAAUAUCCUUCGGAAGGUCGCAUUGUCCACAGUCAUGGGUUUGAGAACGCUCAAGGAAGACCACAACAUCAUUCAUCGCGAUGUCAAGCCCACGAAUAUCCUGAUCAAUUCGCGUGGACAGAUCAAGAUUUGUGACUUCGGCGUGAGCGGUAACCUUGUCGCCAGUAUUGCCAAGACGAAUAUUGGAUGCCAGAGUUAUAUGGCGCCCGAGCGUAUCGCUGGUGGUGGCGUCCAACAGUCUGGUUCUAGUGGGGGUGGAACUUACAGUGUUCAGAGCGAUGUGUGGAGCUUGGGUCUAUCCAUCAUUGAAUGUGCCAUCGGCCGCUACCCUUACCCGCCAGAGACCUUCAACAACAUCUUCAGUCAACUACACGCGAUUGUCCAUGGAGAUGCUCCCACCCUUCCCGAAACCGGAUACUCGGAAGAAGCGCACGCCUUUGUCCGCGCCUGCUUGGAUAAGAAUCCGAAUAACCGCCCCUCUUAUAACAUGCUUCUUCGACACCCCUGGCUAUCCUCGCUCAUGCAACCCCCGGGCGAAUCGGACGGAGCGAAUGAAGAGGUCACGCCGAUAGUCAAUGGUUCUGGAUCCGGGGGUUCGCCUUCGACUGAGGACCCAGAAGUGGCAGAAUGGGUGAAGGAAAGGCUAGAGCGUCGUGAAAAGGGGCUUCUCCUUGAAGCAGAUAAGCCGGCACUUCACGCAGUGGCUCUCGAUGCAGUUCCGGGAAGCCCCUUGUUGGAUGAUCCGUCCGCGAUGUACAAUCAGCGUUGA